AUGGAGAAACAAAAGUUAAGGAUUAGCUUUUUGGUCGGUUUUACUCGGACGGUGCCUUUAAUGAGUCAGAUCGCCUUACCAGGAUUGGGUUGGAGGGCUUUGCCACUUAUAGAUGAGAACUUCGGCCAGGCCAAGAGGCGACCACCAGUUCCCAAGGUUCGCAAUGCUGAUCCGAGAUAUGUUUAUUACUCGAUCCAAAUUCCUUCAACAAAAGUUAUCAACAACAUCAAGGCCGCUCAACGCUACAGUGGGAGG